GUUGGGGACGAAUUGGGGACCAGUUGGGGACGAGUCGAGAGUAACUCGAUAUUUCAGAUAAAAAUGAUGAGAUUUGUUUCAUUAAUCAAUCAACACCUGCUUCAUUACCCGUCUACAAAAAAGAAAAAUAAAUUAAAUUAUUUAAUUAAAAUAAAAAUACUUUAAGAAGAGUUGUUAUAGCUAAUGUUGCAAUUGAUCGAUUUGAAUCAGUAAUUCAUGUUUCAAGAUCAACAUUACAAGCUGUUACAGAUGCUGGAUAUUGA